GGGCGGGGACCUCGGUGGCGGAGUUCUACUUCCGGGGCGGGCCGGCGGGCGGGGCCGGCGUGCUGGCGCCCGGCCUGGGUGGAUCUUGGUGGCGGCAGAAGCAGCGGUGGCGGCGGGACGGCGCAGGCACCGGCUCCGGGAGCGGCAUCAUGAGCGGAUCACAGAACAAUGACAAAAGACAGUUUCUUCUGGAGCGACUGCUGGAUGCAGUGAAACAGUGCCAGAUCCGCUUUGGAGGGAGAAAGGAGAUCGCCUCGGAUUCUGACAGCAGGGUAACCUGUUUGUGUGCUCAGUUUGAAGCCGUCCUGCAGCAUGGCUUGAAGAGGAGUCGAGGAUUAGCACUCACAGCGGCGGCGAUCAAACAGGCAGCCGGCUUCGCCAGCAAAACUGAGACAGAGCCUGUAUUCUGGUACUAUGUGAAGGAGGUCCUCAACAAGCACGAACUGCAGCGCUUCUACUCUCUGCGCCACAUCACCUCGGACGUGGGCCGGGGCCGGGCCUGGCUGCGCUGCGCCCUCAACGAACACUCCCUGGAGCGCUACCUACACAUGCUCCUGGCCGACCGCGGCAGGCUCAGCACUUUUUAUGAAGACUGGUCUUUCGUGAUGGAUGAAGAAAGGUCUAGCAUGCUUCCUACCAUGGCAGCCGGUCUAAACUCCAUACUUUUUGCCAUUAACAUUGACAACAAGGAUUUGAAUGGGCAGAGUAAGUUUGCUCCCACUGUCUCCGACCUCUUAAAGGAGUCAACGCAGAAUGUGACCUCCUUGCUGAAGGAAUCAACGCAAGGAGUGAGCAGUCUUCUCAGGGAGAUCACAGCCUCCUCUGCUGUCUCCAUCCUCAUCAGACCCGAACAGGAGACUGACCCUCUGCCUGUCGUGUCUAAGAACGUCAGUGCUGGUGAGCAAGGACAGGCAGUUGGGUCACACAGGGAUGCCAAAUGUAAAAAGGAGCGGAAGAAGAAAAAGAAAGUGACCAACAUUAUCUCAUUUGACGAGGAGGAGGAUGAGCAGAACUCUGGGGACAUUUUAAAAAAGAUCCCCAGGGCGGGGGAGAGCUCGGAGGAAAACUCAGACCGCUCCUCAGUCAAUAUCAUGUCAACCUUUGAAGGCCCCUUCGGGCCAAAUUCCAAUGGAAGCCAGAGCAGCAGCUCAUGGAAAAUCGAUUCUUUGUCUUUGAACGGGGACCUUGGGUACCAGAAACUUGAUGUGAAAAGCAUCGAUGAUGAAGAUGUAGAUGAAAAUGAGGAUGAUGUGUACAGGAGCUCAUUGGGAAGGAAGCACAUAGGCCGCUCGGGGUCACCAGAGAAGCCACUGGAUGGGGAUUCCUGCCUCUCCCAGGUGCACGGCUGGGCUCCGCUGAAGGUGCUACAUGGAGACAACGAUGUCCUCUUCCCUGUCAGUGGAGUGGGGUCCUGUGGUUCCGCAGGUGUGGCCCUGGGGAGCCUGGAGAACGGGAUGGGACCGAACGACCACGUUCUGGCAGGGCCUGGCCUUCGGUACAGUGUGGAAGCCAGUUCUCCAGGCCAAGGAAGUCCUCUAACCAAUCUGUUACCUUCUGCCUCCGUGCCAGAGUCCAUGACAAUCAAUGAACUGAGACAAGCCAUCGUGGCCAUGAUGAACAGGAAAGAUGAGUUGGAAGAAGAGAACAGGUCGCUGCGGAACCUGCUUGAUGGUGAGAUGGAGCACUCGGCUGUGCUUCGGCAAGAGGUGGACACCUUGAAAAGGAAGGUGGCGGAGCAGGAGGAGCGGCACACCAUGAAGGUCCAGGCAUUGGCAAGAGAAAACGAGGUGCUUAAGGUCCAGCUGAAGAAAUAUGUAGGAGCUGUCCAGAUGCUGAAAAGAGAAGGUCAAACAGCCGAAGUUGUGCCAAAUCUUUGGAAUGUUGAUGGAGAAGUCACUGUCCCUGAACAGAAGCCGGGAGAAAUUGCUGAAGAGCUAGCAAGCUCCUAUGAAAGGAAGCUCAUCGAGGUGGCCGAGAUGCAUGGGGAGCUGAUCGAGUUCAAUGAACGCCUGCACCGGGCCCUGGUGGCCAAGGACGCUCUCGUAUCCCAGAUGCGCCAGGAGCUCAUCGACCUCCGGGGGCCGGUGCCUGGAGAUUUGAGUCAAACGUCCGAAGACCAGAGUUUGUCAGAUUUUGAAAUAUCAAACCGGGCACUGAUCAAUGUCUGGAUCCCAUCAGUGUUUCUCCGUGGCAAAGCAGCAAAUGCAUUCCACGUUUAUCAGGUUUAUAUUCGGAUAAAAGAUGACGAGUGGAACGUGUAUCGGCGGUACACGGAGUUCCGGGGUUUGCACCACAAGCUGCAAAACAAGUACCCUCAAGUGCGGGCCUACAACUUCCCACCCAAAAAGGCUAUCGGAAAUAAGGAUGCCAAGUUCGUGGAGGAACGGAGAAAGCAGCUCCAGAGUUACCUGCGCAGUGUCAUGAACAAAGUCAUUCAGAUGGUGCCCGAGUUCACUGCCAGCCCCAAGAAGGAGACUCUGGUGCAGCUGGUGCCCUUCUUCGUGGACAUCACCCCUCCUGGAGAGUCUCUGAACAAGAACAGCCAGCCCAAAGUGGCUUCCCGCUUCCCCAAGCUGUCCCGAGGCCCCACCAGGGAGACACGCAACGUGGAGCCCCAGAGCGGUGACCUCUGACCUCAGUAGAAUCCUGCACCCUGGCUGCUCUGUCAGCCUGGCCUUGGCGUGGGGACCACAUCCACCUGGUGAAUCCGAGAGCACCCCUUCCUGCCGGCCACAUGCCACCCUGAUUAAACUGCUUGGUCUCAGAGCACCAGGUCCCUGUCCGUAGAGCAGGAUGGCUCCUCACUGCACAGACUGGGACAUGUGGCCACUCCUCUCCCAUGGCAGCAAGAGCUGUCUGUCCCCUUGCUGCAGCUCAGGGCCAGGGCAGAUGGGGAAUCCCCUGGAUGAGAUGCACAACUCUGAUGUCUCACAUGGCCCGAAGAUUCCUUCCAAAAUCACUCUGUGACUCUUUCCUGCAAGGGGAUUAGAACGACUGUUAGUCUCUUUUGCUCUUCUUUUGAAUGUACAGUAUUUGCCUCUCUCUCCAUGACCCAUGGACAAAUGGAGGGACCUUGCUCCUUUCCAUGUUACGCUGUGCCGAGGUCGGCAGGCACCCAGUAGCAUUACCACUGUGGCCCUCACUGGUUUCUUUCCUCCAGCAGACAUUCCCUAUGGCCUUGCGAAGGAUCCUUUGGUGACAUUUCUCUCUGAUUCUUGGAAAACUUCCCCUUCCUCCUUGGCACUGUCUGUGUAGGAAGCCCGAGCACGGCUUGUCAGGGGCCCAGGAGGCAGGUAGGAACCCUGGCCUCUGAACAUCAGCGUCCUUGGCCUUAGGUGCUGAGACACUUGACUUGGGGAACCACUGCAGAAGGUUCCAGGGCUCUGUCUCUGACGGCCAAGGUUAUGGCCGGUUAUGGCCUCAAGUCAGGUUCAGCGUGUGUCGGUCUACAGCCAAGCUCCCAGUGGGCGGAGAGCCCUGUCUCCCUGAGACUGGCCAUUCUUUUCCCCCUGCCGCGGGCAGGAUGUCAUAGUCCAGGGACCUCAGCAAGCAAGGACAAGGACCCACAUACAUGCAGCUCCUCGAACCCACCUGAUCAGAUGGUUUCACAGGGCGUGCUUUAACCUCCAGAAUCAUGGAACCAUUCCUACCCAGUUAAGAGCCGCCUCCAAGGCUCAGUGCAGCUGGGAGAAUUUGCAGAAUGGACUGUGAAAUAAAUAGGGUUCGUCUUUGCCUGUGGCAGAUGGAGGUUUGUGCUGCAACUGCUCCAGCUCACUGGCUGACAUCUUGGUGAAUCACCUGGAAGAUGGUGCUUCCUGGUCCCCUGUAUUCGGGCAGUUAGGGAAAGCUCAGGUCACUGCCACAUAAUCCCACAGGGAAGCAGGGGCGAGGCCACCUUGGGCCAGAUGGACCAGAGUGAGGCUGCUGUCCCUCAGCCAGCUGCAGAGCAGGGGCCCUACCUGAGUGACCUCCAGCUUCCGGAGCAACACGUUCCUCUCCUUACUGCCCGAAUGGUUGGCCUUUGAGUUUGAGCCUCAAGCACUGGUCGGGCUGCUGUGCCUUGUGUCUGAGAAUGCACAAGGACCAAGCGAGGGCCUGUUGGAGGCUGCCCACUCCACUGUGUCUCCUGCCUUGGGGCGGCUGUAAAGUGGGCCACGGCUGCCAACGGGAGGACUGGCCAGCACUGGCCUCGGAACAAGGGCUCUGCGCUGAAGCCGUUUCCCUACUCUCUGUACCCUGCCCUCUCCAGCCACCCCACCGGGAAACCUUGUUGGCACUGUGCAAAUGGAAUUAAAGCAAAAAACCACAGCCCAGAGAUACCCAGAGCUACAAUUGACUCCGCCUCCUAACUUGGUAAAGCUUAAUUAUUCAUAGAAAACUUGCUCAGCUGUCCUGCCAGGCGCAAUAGGAAAGCACAUUCCCCGGGGCCAUCUGGGAAUGCUCCAGCUGCUUGCAGUCUGGAAAGCCUAGCAUCACCCUCCGGCGGUGGGUUGUCUGUCCCCUGUCACUUUAUCUCACAAGUACCUGGCCUCUGCCCAAUGUGCGGGUGACUCCUGUGGAGCUUGUGACACAGUGGCAGGUUGGGUGGAUUUGCCUGUGAAGAGCGGGCAGUCGAAAGCUGCUUCCAUCUGUCCGCUCAGGCAGAGGAGUCCAGCCAUGAGGUCCCAGGUUCGAGGCCCAGAGUGAGGAAACGGAACAGACACACACACACACAGUGCUGCUCUGGACUGCUCCGCAGCCUGGGCAACCUUGUGGCCACUACAUUGUCGCUCAGUUCUACAUGGGACACUGCUCACCUGAGGACCUGGGACACAGUUGGGGCAUUCUAGGCCUUGGCCCUGCCCCACUGCUCCAUCCACCUGUGCCGCUGGGAGACCCCAGCCAGCCUGUCACAGAGGCCAGGCACACCUCCCUGUCACCACCAGUGUCCUCCCUUUGUCAUCAGCCUGACCUGGCUCUCCCCCACCCUCCGGCCUCCGAGAAGGGGCUGGAUCUUUGGCCCCCAGCACCGGCCCAAGGAAGUCCCGGGCCCAGCCUGUCAGACUGACGAGGAUGUGUCCCGGAAGGGGCGACCUUGGGCCGAGCCCCAGCCCCAGCGGCAGUAACUGUCCUGCUUAGUGCAUCACUCCAGGCGGUGCCAGACACGGGCCACCUCUGCCUCCCCUCGGGAGGCUCCGACCUACGACUCAUGCUCCGUUCUGGGGGCAGGCAGGCGCCUCCUUACAGACAAGGUCUGUGUAAGGAACGUUUUCCAAAAUGUUGUGCAUCAUGUUAUUAAAACUAAUGUGAAAUAUUUGCUGUUCAGAUUGGCUUCCGUGCUGACUUUGCACAACUGUAGCACUGUAUAUUUUAUGUAACAUUUCUGUGCCAAAAAGUUCAUUUUACUGUCUCCCGAACACAUGGUCUUGAUUGUAUUUCUGACAUAAAGCUCCAGCGCCUGGAGUGAGAGGAUUGGGUUCAGUAGCACAGCCUGCACCUACAGUUCCCCCCACGGUUCCCCCGGCUGCAACGCGCCAGGCCAGCUCUUUGCACCUUGCGCCACGGAGUGUCGCGGGCCGGAUCGCGGUCACUUCUGAUUCAUCACGGAGCCUUACUUUUGUUCCUAAGUCUGACAGCCAAGUUCAGAGGGCUUCCUUACACCCAGAGGUUUUACAGAAGUCGGAAAAGGAUGCGGGUUUCCCUGAAGAGGGCUGAGCCGCCCUGUGGAUGAGUCCCCACCGGAAGAUGCUGGGUCCCUUCUCUUACCCCAUGUGUCCCUGUCCUGCCGGGGGAGCCACUGGCUGCCCGCAGGCCCCUGCUUCCCUCUCCCGACUUGUCAGCAACCACUCAGUCACUGGGCAGGUCCCUUCCCCGUCAGUGAGGACACAGGUGCCCACUGCAGAACACAGGAUGGCGGGUGGCAUGUUUGUCACCAGAAGUUGCUGAACAUUCGAGGAAGGGGCCCGGGGAAGGAGACUGGCCCUUAGCAUCUUGGAAACAAAGCCUUGGCCGGGCAGCCUGCUGUGCCUCGCUGGUGUGACCUGACCGCUUGGAGCAGCAUUGGGGGCCAUGCGGGGCAGCGAGUCACUGGGAGGAGCAGGGCGGCUGCACUGGAGCCCGGGUGGCAGGUGGGCAGGACCUGGCCGGCUGCGGGUGCAACUGGCCACGUAGACUCCUGACUACCCUCUUCUGUUAGGGUUUACACGAUAGAAUUUUUAAGCAAAUAUGUUUAAUUUUCUAAAAUCUCUUGUAUUAAACUUUUCUUUUGGAAUAAGCUGUGGUAAUUUUGUUACAAUCUGGUUGAGACAAACCUCUUUACAGUGACAAAAUAAAAUGGCGCCAUUUUAUAAGUUA